CAAUUAAAACCAAUCUGUGUGAGUGUGGUCACAUGUGACAUCACUCAGUACAGUCUGACACAUGACAAAUAAUUCAAAGUCAUAUGGGAGGAGUUUGAGGAGUGGAUGUAAAGUUUAUUUUCUGUUUCAGAUCUUUUAAACAACAUAAAUAUAUCUGUCUCUCGAGAGCAUUGUUUCUCACACUGGACUGAAUCAUGGUGGAGACUCAAGAGCGCUUUCCUUUUGGUUUUUUAUUGAAAUACCUGUUUACUUUGGUGGGACUGUUAUUGUUUCUGUUGGAUAUAGCGCUGGACAUUAAGACUGUUGUGUCAUUUUAUAAGGAUGGUGCCUAUGUGUAUAUGGCAGUGCUGAUUUUUCUGCUGCUGGGCUCUUCAGUGUUGUUACAGGUGUUCAGCUGGCUCUGGUACUCUGAUUAUCUGGAUAAUUUUGAGACUAAGGUGGAGACAUUUGCAAAGAGCCAUUCAUUGAUCAAACCAUUUCACUUCCUGCAGCUCGGAGUCCAUCUCAGGUAUGCUGGGGUAAUAGAGACGUCCACAAUGGAUUUUCUUCACCACAUUAACAAUUUCAGAAAUAAUGUGCGGCAUAAUAACAGAGAGGGUGUGGAUGUGAAGCUGAAACAUGAUUUUCUGAUGCUUCGUAUAUUUGAGGCGUUUUCUGAAAACACCCCACAGCUCACACUCAUUUUGUCUAGAAUCCUACAAAGAGGAGAGCUGGAGCUUUUUACAGGUUUAAAACUCCUCACAGCAGCUUCUGCAAUUGCCAUUAAUGUUGCCUUGUACCACCGGGGCAUGCAUGUCUAUGGUUCUAAAGGACGCAAGAUGAGCUUGAUCUCCACUGGCAUCUACUUCCUGUGGAACUUGUUGGUGAUUAUUCCCCGUGUGACUGCUCUGGCACUCUUCUGCAGUGUAUUACCAUGCUUCAUCAUUGCUCACUUCCUGUCCCUGUGGAUGCUGCUGGUUUUAGUGGCCUGGAGCCAGAAAACAGAUCACAUGAAAAGUCCUGGUUGGGAAUGGCUCUACAGAGCUACUGUUGGACUCAUCUGGUACUUCAGUUGGCUUAACGUAUCAAAAAAAGGAAACAUCAAAGUAAAGAUGGCUCUGUAUUAUAGUUUCAUGGGUUUGGACACAGUGAUGCUGCUGGGCUUCUGGUACAGGAAGGUGUUUGAGUACGAAGGCUGCUGGAGCUCUUUAAAUCCUUAUAUGGUGAUCCCGACACUACUAGGUUUGUAUGUCAUUGGAAUACUAGUGAAAAUUAUAUAUUACACAUGGUUUCAUCCCAGAAUGGUUGAACCCAGUCAAGGGCCGUUUAGACAAGCUGCAACAUGUGAUGCAGACUCGACAGACUCAAUUAACUUGACCCUGGAAGAUACAGCUGCAGCUCCUGCACAGCCUCUCACUGGAGUCCUCAAGAGGAGCAGGAACAUGGUUGCUAAUUUCUACUUCUAGUACUUCUAGUUCGUAUUAUAAUGUAUUUACUUCUAGUUUGUAUUUAUAAUGUAUUUAAAUGAACAGAAAACCAAAGUGUGGAACCAUAGAACUUACAGUAAAAUAGUUAUUUUAUUAACUGACAUGAUGUUCAUAUAUUUUUAUGUAUGCUAAUGUAUAUUGUAUUUUUGAUUUGGAAGACUACUGCAGCAAUACACAACACAGUAGUACUAUUAUCAGCAGUAUUAUUAUCAGCAGUUAAUAGUUAAUAAGGU